CCUUGCCUAAACUAAAAUACCCCAAAUGCAUUGGGUCUAAAGCCUCUAACAGGAUUUGGUCUAAUUCUCUAAUAGCACCCAAACUCAUAUUCAACAGCACCAGUCAGCAGACGAUAAAAACUAUAGUCUAAACUUCCGACAGAUUGGCGGCAAAAAUAUCGACUUUUUUAGCACCAACAAUAAGAUCUGAAUCUAUAUAGUGGCGUGAUACCUAAUCUCUACAAUAUUCAGUUUUUUUAUUUUUUUUUGAUUUUUAUCUUCGGUUUUUCCGAUUAUUCUUCAAAUUAGGGUUAUUUGGAGGUUCUCCUACCUUAUCUAAUUUCGAUGUUCUUGCGAAGGCUCUGUACCGCUUUUACCCAAUUCGACCUCAACCCUUCUCUUCUCCAUAGAAAAUUUCCCAACCCAUUUCCAGUUUUCAACUCCAAAGCUCAAUUUCUGAACCUAAGCUACUUCAAAUCGAGGUCACAAAGAUCGAACUUUGUGACCCAUCGAUUCCUUUCGUCCAAUAGCAAAAUGGGGGAUGCUCGUAGACCACGCGCCGUUCCCAUUCCGGUCGUCGACACAGCCAAUGGGGCCGAACUGUAUCGCGCACUCGAAGCUUCACUGGGUUCGCAGUUCAGUUCGGACCCAUUGGUGCCGAAUCCAAACCCUUUGAUCAUUGUCAUCAGUGGCCCAAGUGGGGUGGGCAAAGACGCUGUGAUCAAACGAUUGAGGGAAGUUCGGGAGGGCAUUCAUUUCGUGGUCACCGCGACAAGCCGGGCAAAACGGGUCGGUGAAGUGGAUGGAAAAGAUUACUUCUUUGUCAGUAAAGAGGAGUUCCUAUCAAUGGUUGAGAGGGAUGAGCUUUUGGAGUAUGCAUUGGUGUAUGGGGAUUACAAAGGGAUUCCGAAGCAGCAAAUUCGCGAAUACAUGGGGAAAGGGCAUGACAUUGUGUUGAGGGUGGACAUACAAGGAGCUGCCACAUUGAGAAAGAUUCUUGGCAAUUCUGCUGUGUUCAUCUUUCUUGUGGCAGAGAGUGAAUCGGCCCUUGUGAAGCGGUUGAUUGAUAGGAGGACGGAGACUAAGGAGACACUUUUAGUGAGGAUUGCCACGGCUCGUGAGGAGGUGAGGCAUCUCAAUGAUUUUGAUUAUGCAGUGGUGAAUGCUGAGGGGAAGCUAGAGAAUUCAGUUAAAUUGGUGGAGUCCAUUAUUGAUGUGGAGAAAGCUAAAGUGUGCCAAAGGAAUCCCUUGAUAUAGGUAAUAUGAUGUUGUUUCUAUUGAUGAGGAGAUGAUCAUCAUAGGAUGAGCGCUGUGUUCAAGUUGCUGCACAAAUCGUAACCUUCGCCAUUUAGUGUUAACUACUAAUGGGUAGUACUAGGUACAUGUAUAUUUACUUUAUGCUUAUGAUGGAAGUUCUGUCACUGCCAGAAUCAUCAGAAGCAGAACAUGUGAAGACAUACAUUAUGCUAUUGUUUUAUCCAGUUCUUUUACUAGAGAGUUUUUUCAAUUUUGGAUGUAGUAGAUAGACAUUUGUUAAAAUUUGUACACUGAGUGAACCAUUCAUCAAUAUCUUUUGGAAAUUGCAGUA